UCCUCCGGGAGUACCUGAGGUACACCGGCCUGGCCCCCUGCCAACUGACUCCCAACAGCCACUCGUACAUAACGGGGUUUGUGAACCUGUGCAAACUCCGGAAGGUUACAACGAGCCUGGAGUUAUUCUUCCAAAGCUUCAACCUAUGCCGGGGGGGACAUACAAAUGCCGAGGGCUAUGCGAACUUACAGCAGAUAGCUCAGUUCAAAUUGUUCACUGAGGCCCCUUCUUCCAACAAGGGGUGGAGAGAGCGAUGGUGCUACAUCAGACUGGCCGACAGCCCGUUCCCGAGGGAGUUGCGGAAUCGCUUUCGGCGCCAUGUGAAGGCCAAGAGUGCCGCCCUCGAGAAGGAUGGCCUGAAGAUUGCAAAGAUUCCCGAGGGUCGGGAAAAGAACGUAACCAUCAAGGAGUGCACCCUCGAGGAGGACCUGUAUGCCCUCGGAUUCCUGAGGUAUCGGUUCAUUGGGGAGACCGAUGAGAAAUAUCCCCUCUACGAUAAAGCCUUCGUGGGAGCAGGAGGUAGCAGGAUGAAUGCCAACGCCUUGUUCGCGAAGAGGAAGGGCAAGACCCAGCAAAAGGAGAAGGGGCCCUCGGGCCAGAAGCCAGUUGACGCGCUUUUCCCGAAGGUCACAGAGCCUUCCGCCGGGGACGCCCAUGCUGCUGUGGGGACCGGGGGGUCGAAGGCCGAGGCGGCCGCUAAGAAGAAGAGGAGCGACAAGGGGGUGGAGCCCCCCACCAAGAAGCAGAAAGGCGCCGUGGGUGCUGUCGGGGAGGCGGCCCCCCUCAUAGUCAUUGAUGACAUGCCCGCCGUUGAUGAGCCUCUGGCCUCGGUCCCCCCGAAGGAUCCGGUGAAUCCCCCCCGGGCGGAAUCACCCCGGGAGAUCCGUCAGCUCUCCUUUGCCCCCGGCGCUUCGUUGAUGCACGGCACUGCCGAGCCGAAGGCCUUCCUGCGGGACAUCACCUCGAAGAUGGACAGGGAAGUCUUCGAGACCUACGAUGACGAUGCCCUCGAGAACAGGAUCCUCCGGUCCUCGCUCACUGCCUGCAUAGCCCUCGGGGAACAGGCCCGGAGGCGCGAGGAAAGGCGUCUUCACGAGGCCGCCCAGGAUAAGAAGGUGGAGGGGCUGAUCCGUAAGAACUCCGAGGCGGUGAAGCAUGCUGCCCAGCUGGAGGAGGCCCUUCGGGAGGCGAAGGCGGCGGCGGAGAAGGCCAAGGCUGAUGGUAUAGCCGAAGGCAAGGCAGAGGCCGAGAGGGCUGCUGCCGAGGCGGCGAAGAAAGCCGCCGAUGAAGCCCAAACUGCUAAGGAGAGAGCUGCGGCCGAGGCCCGAGGGGAGGCAGUUGCGGAAUUCCUUGCUGAGGGCUGGAGGGCCGAGGGCCACAAGGAGUGGGUUGCCUCCGUGGUGGCAGCCUCGGUGGACGCUUGGGUAGAAGGCCCCGGGGUUGACUGGCUGACCGAUAGGGGCGACGCCUACUAUCAGGGGGGUGAGUUCUUUACCCAGCACCUGAUAUACCGGAGGCUCGCCAGGCACUUCGGCGUAUCCCUCGAACAAUUUGACCCCUCGGUAUAUGGCCUCCCUCCGUUGCAACCAGAUGUCAGAGUUCCCCUCCCCCCGGGUGAAGAGCGGCCAACAAUCUAUGAUUCUGUGAUGAUGGGGGGUGACGGGGUUGGAGCCGUCGGGGGUGAUGCUACCGGAGAAGAAGUCUCCUCCAAGGCUGUCGUGGAAGAUGCCCCCGGUGACAACGAGGCUGAAGCCGCCGAGAAGAUUGUUACUUAGUCAAUUUUUUUUUAAAAAGCCUUGUAAUGAAACUUUUGUUGCCCCUCGGCUUUGGCCACACUCUGUAAUGAUCACAUUGACUAUUUUUGUGUUGUAAUUGAAUGAUUGCCUUCGGGCUUGGUGUAUAUGAUAUGCUUCCUUCUGAUC